AUGUUUAAAAGUGAGAAUGCAACACGAUCGAUAAAUAACUCUAGUAAUCUGAAAGAAUUAACCUUAUCUCCGGAACAACUGAAAGUUAUACAGAUUUGUAGAACUCAGAUUAAUCACAUCCAGUCCGACAUAGGUGACAUCUCCGAUCAGAUAAUUAAACGUGUGAUAAUACAGGGAAAAGCUGGGUCCGGUAAAAGCACUUUAAUCAAUGCGAUUGUUCAAGAAGUUACCGAUGCGCUUGGUUGUGAUGCUAUAACAGUCGUUGCUCCUACCGGUGCUGCAGCUUUAAACCGAAAUUUCCAAUUGGAGCAUAAAGCAUUGAAAUUCCUCAUUAUUGAUGAAAUGUCCAUGAUAGGUGCUAAAACUUUGGGUGAAAUAGAAAGCAGAUGUCAUGAACUAUUUCCAUCUUGUGAUGAAUCAUUUGCAGGGUUAUAUGUAUUUAUGUUUGGAGAUUAUAAGCAACUGUCGCCGGUUAAAGAUGUUGCAUUGUACAAUAAUACAGUUAAUGAUGCGAUGGCAAGUAAAGGCGCUAUUUUAUUCAAAUCGUUCCAGUUAUUUAUAGAAUUAUCUACAUCGCAUCGUCAAGGAAACGAUCUCGUUUUCUCUGAAUUAUUGGAUAAUUUGGCUAACGGAGAUAUUUCUGUAGACGAAUAUAACAUGUUAUCACAGCGUAAAAUGUCUUCAUUGGAUGAAAAUGAAAAGGAAAGAUUUAAUGGAGCAAUUCAUUUAAUACCGACAAAUGACUUGGUUCGCAAAAAAAAUGAAUAUUCCUUACGUGAGCUGGGUACACCUGUUCUACGCAUUAACGCUUUGGUAACUGGAGAUGUACAUAGGGUAAAUGAUGAUUGUUGUGGUCUUGAACCAUCUUUAUAUUUAGCAAUAGGAUGUAGGGUCAUGCUAACACAAAAUAUAUGGGUUUAUGGUGGUUUGGUCAAUGGAUCAAUUGGUACAGUUCGGGCCAUUUUAUAUGAAGAAAAUGUAUCUCCGCCAACUUUGCCUUCUUACAUUUUAAUUCACUUUCCCUCGUAUCAUGGACCAUUUAUACAUAACAAUUUAUUUCCGAUUAAACCAGUAAUGCGAUCGUAUGAAAAACGUGGACAAAUAUGUACAAUCAAACAAUUCCCCUUAAAAUUGGCAUAUGCGUGUACCAUUCACAAGGCGCAAGGAAUGACUUUACCUACGGCUAUUAUUGAUAUUGGAGAAAAAGAAUUUUCGGCUGGCUUAACAUAUGUAGCUCUUAGUAGAGUAAGGACGUUGAAUGACAUGGUAUUCUCUAGAUUUUAUGAUAAGAAAAGAUUUGACGCUAUAGGUUAA